UUAUAGCUGUUUUUAAUUUAUCGUUAUUUGAUUUUAAUAAAUAAUUACAAAUGGAUAAAAAGAGAUCUUUUAACGUUUUAUCAACAACUGAUUCUGUAAAAUUGAAUAUAAAUAAUCGUAAUCAGAAUAAAGAUUCCAAAGGAGAUGGCAAUAUUACACAGAGUUCAUCGCGGACACAAUACUUUAAAAGAGAAUUUUACACUGGUGAAAUCAGAAAAUUGAAUGAGAAAGAAGUAAAGAAACUAAGGGAAGGCUUAGAUAGUUCUGGAUCAUCGGAAACUUUUCAAUGCGUCCACGGACCCGAGGGGAAACAGUAUACUGAAGAGGAAAUUUUAAAUAAAUAUUUAACAAAAAAAAUCGAUCCUAUUACAGUCGAUCAGACAUGGGUAGAUCCUUGCCCAUUAAAAGUCGGAUGGGAAGUUGCUCAGACUUUAGUCUUCAUGGUGAAAGAUCCAAUUGCUAUGAAACAGUUAGAUCGUAUGCAAAGCUAUUUGAGAGAUUUUGCUAAAACUGCUGAAUUUGGAUAUAAAAUUGACGUUUUGGAUGAUCUUUGUUUGAUGUUGGAUUAUUUCGUAGAGAAGUUGUCUCCCAAAUAUGUGCUAAGAGAAGAAAUAAUUCAAUUACUGCAUUGUAUGGAAAAGCCAAUUUUAUUAAAUGCUACUUCAGAUGUUGUUACUUAUUUCCAUUCUUUAACUGACUACAUCAAUUUCAUGGGUUACCUCCUCGUGCGUUUAGAAGAAGAUGAUAUAUUCGACAUAGUCUCGAAUGCACUGAUCUGGCAUCUAUCGUAUCCAGAUUUCCUACGUAAAAAUGGCCAGAUCCGACAGAGUCACACAUUUGUGGCUGCAACUGGCCUUUGUGAAACCGUAGUCAGAAUGUUGUCGUUGUCCACAAAUCGCCGUUUUCCCACAUUUUUAGAGAUCGCGCUUUUAUUUGCCUGCGACAAUGUAGACAUAUGUGUAACAAUGAUGAGGAGUAAUAUAAUCGAAAAUUUAUUUUAUCGCUUCAAUCCCUAUUUCCCUGAUAGAGAUUUGCCAAUAUAUGAUAUAAAUCCAGCAGAUCCUCAAGACUUUAGAGUGGUACUAGGUGCUAGCAGUAUAAACUUGUCUACAACGCUCUCUUUACUUUUGGUGCUAUUAAAAACGACAAAAGAUAUAAUGAGUGUUGAUCCUGAAUUCUGUUCAACCCUUCCAUGUCCUGAUUCAUACAGCCAAAGAUGCUUCGCUUGGGCAUAUCGAUAUGAGUGUCGAGCAAGAGAUCAUCGUCAUGAGAGAAUUACAUUGACCAUCAUUUCCUCUUGUCUUCUUCAUUGUUUCGGCGACCGAUUAACCGAGUUGAGCAACUCUUUAAUGCCAGAUGUGAUAUCGUUGUCAGUGCGGACGGAAAUACCGGCAAGACCUGAUUGGACGGGAUCCAUCAACUUCAAUACGAGUCAACUGGAUGUCCGAUUCAAGCAAGUUUUAAUAUACUUAAGCGUGGAUUUCUUCAAAACAUUCCCUAAUAAUAGAUUUAAUAUGGAAUCUCGACACUGGCUUCUAGGUCUUAUGUAUUUACUGGAUCCAGUCCUCUGUAAGCUCCGAGCUCGUUGGUCACCGGCGCUUUAUUCAGACUUAAGAAAAACAACGUUUAAAGCAUUGAUUUGCACCCUUCCUAUAGCGUCGAUGCGUCUAGUACAAGAAAUUGGAUUAAUAAGAAGAUUAAUGUGGUACAUUGAAUGGUAUUCUGAGAGUCCGUACGACUUAUCUGUACUAUACUGGUGUCUUAGAGUACUGCAAGUUACUAUUAGUCGAAGAGACAGUUACCUCCGACGACAUAUGUUGAAUGAUUUGUUUGACAGUCACGGUAUUAUUGUACUUAUACAUCUCUGCCAUACUCUCCUUGAUCAAAAACCUCUACCGGUGGAGAAGAGCCAAGUGAUCUUGUGCGUAUGUUUAAGACUUCUAACAAGUUGUACUGAAGUUAACUCUGGAUUAGAAUGCCAAGUGUAUCCAUUUAUCAAAUGGCCCAAUUCUGUCCAAACUCUUUCGACAAGGAUGCUGAAUUUAGUACUUAGCUCAUUGCAAGCAAAUCUGAUUUUAAAUGAAAGAUGGAUGAUAUCCUUACUAAACUUCGUAUGGGAAUCGAUCAUUUGGAACGGCACAUAUAGAUCAAGAUUUGUAGCGGAUGACGGAGUUUAUAAGCUUUUGGACAUGAUUUCUUUGACCACGCGUCCUGUACAAUGUCUUGCCCUUGCACUUCUAUGCGACGUCGCGCGCGCCGGCGAGGCAGUCGGACAGAUUGUCACGUGGCGUGCCAAUUCUUCUGCUUCCCAAGUUAUACCAAACUUAGUGAGAAGAGGCGCCACGAUCGCGAACUUACUAGCAGCUAUCUUUCGUGAUGAAUGUCACGCGAAAAAGAUUUUAUUAAGCGAUACAGGUGUGAUACAAGAUUUAGACUGUCCCUUGAUGCGUUCGGAGAUAAAAGAACAGAUAUAUUGUUUACGUCCUGAACAAUAUAUUCGUGGGAAUGUCAUAUGCCUACCGGCAGCUGAUAUAGCGGGAUCUCGUUUGUCAAAGGUGUUUGCUAUUCUUCAUAUGCUUUCCAAAGACUUGGCCUUUAAAGUAUCGCUCGCAGAUGAUACUUACAAUCUAUACAAGAAUAUCAAGUUGCCGCCACAAGAUGAGGCAACACUAAUUCUGUGUUCACAUUAUCUAACAUUGAAACUUAACGAAACAUGGAUUGAAACUAAAAUUCUUAGCCCGCUUUUGUUACCGCAAGGUGCCGAAACUCUCCAAGAAUUGGUAGAAAUAGCGCACGGUUGGGCAAAAGAAAUAAAACAAAUGCAAGAAGAAAUAUUCAUAAGAAGUCAAAAAGAGGAUUGCCUAGUUGAAUGUUCUUUCUACGAGUUCCUUAGCCGGGCUCGACUGAAUAUUGCACUGGACGCAUUACGUGAAGUCCGCUGUAUGGCGAGGGCAUCAGAUCGCCUUCAGAUAUCACACGAUCUGUUGCACGACGCUGUUAUGGCGCAGAAACUUAGACAUGAUCUAUCGCAGAGUCUGAACACAGAAAUAAAGAAGACAUACAUCGCCCCUUUAGAUGCAAAGAACACAAUUGGUCAACACGUGAAAGUUACAAGCAUAAAACCGAAGCAAAUCGAUUCCAAAGAUCUAUGUGUUUGCCAUUUUCAGAACUAUGCUCAAUUUGUUUUUUAUAAAAUUCGAUAAACAACAAACUUCAUCAGACGUGUAUAAACGGCAGUAACACCAAAUAAAUAUGCUAAUCUCUUUAAAGCAGUGAGAGGGAUUCCGAAACAUCAGAUAACUGGUAAGUUACAUGUUUCAAAAUAAAACCAACAGGUACCAUGUAAUUGUUUAUAAUCAAAAAAGUACAUGUCAAUACGCCCUACUUAUAUCGCCCUUAAAUGAAGACUUAAAAAAAGAAGUAAAUCAGUCACUAAUCAAUGAUCUAUAAUAAUAUGGAUGCUUUAUACGUUAAACAACAUUUUUAUUACAUAAUUCGUUAACACAGACAAUUCCAAAAAAUAUAGUGAAAUUAUAACUAUUGAUUUGCGUUUGUCUACCUCUACACAAAACUGGAAGAGAUAUGAACAUUCUGGAAAUUACCAAUUAAUUUGUAAAAAUUAGAGUAUUUAAUAUUGCGUGUCGACUGCGGUGAAACUCGUAUCAAUACAUAUCGUGGUCCCUCUCUUUUUAUACGCAAAAAACAAAGACAACAUGUGCCCAUACAAGCGUCACGGCAGACCAGUUUAACUGUUAUUCAUUUACUUGAUUAUUUUAAUAUUGCAUAGUUCGAAUUCAUAUGAAUCUAAUCUAUAUUUCUGGGGAAACAUAAAACCAAGUUGAAACAUUUAAAAAGAAUUUUUUUUUCUCUUUGUAAUAACAAUUGUUACGAUCAUAAAAGCUUUCUUAGACAACAUGUCGUAGAGUUCAAAUGUUUGUGGGUUUCGACUGCAGUGAUAUUUGUGUUAAUACAUGUCAUCGCUCACAUUCCCUUUGAAAGAACAGACACAGCAUACAACAGACAAAUGCCACUGCAGUGUAAACCUACCGUUAUAACGUUACAUAAUUAUAAAAUAUUGAAAAUUGACUAGGAACAUAAUUAUGAUUUAUAUUCAAACAGUUAAUAUUAUUUCUCUUACAAUAGACAACAUUUCCAAUAUUCAUUCAUAUUUAGUAUAUGGCCAGUGAUUGUAUAGAAUAUGUUAACUACAUAAAAGCCAUACGAUCUAAGAAUUGGUAUACUAUGAUUAAAGAGUUUAGCAGAUCACAGAUUUAUUAUACUACAACAGAUUGACUUUGAACACAAUUUUUUUGUACAGAAGGGACAUAUAUUCAUAAUGUUUAAUCACAUGCCGUAAAUUGUAUUUUUAUUAUUAAUUUAUAAAAAGUUUUUUUGACAAAGUAAAAAAAAACAAAUGGAAAAACACUUUUAGGAAAUUGAUUAGGCUAUAUGCUUUUUAUCACUUGAAACAGGAGAUUGUAAAAGUCCUCAUUUUCUAAUGCCAUAUAAUAAAUCUAUGAAUAAACCUAACCUUUUGAUUAUAGCUAAUUGGCACUUCUAAUUAGUUUAAUAAACUGCCAUUUCAUAUUUAAGGCACUACGAUAUCGUAUCUACCGUAUCAAUAUAAGUAAAUUAUAAAAACAUAUUAAAACAUAGUAAAACAUUAUUAAAUAUUGUUAUAGGUGGAGCUGAUU